CCUGGACGAGCUGGCUUUCCGGGAGACAAAGGAUCAAUGGGCAUUCCUGGAAGAAUGGGCUUAAAGGGAAACACGGGGGAAAAGGGAGUGCCAGGGGAGCCAGGUCUGUCUAUCAUUGGCCCACGAGGACCUCCUGGACAGCCUGGGACUAGAGGAUUUCCUGGCUUUCCGGGUCCCAUUGGUCUGGAUGGAAAGCCUGGUCAAAGCGGUCUGAAAGGAGAUAUGGGUGCUCGUGGCCCCAAAGGAGCCCCUGGUGAACCAGGUCCAAAAGGAGAGAAGGGUGUGUGUGGCGAUUAUACACAUCGGAUGUUGCCCAUCACCGUGCGCAACAUGCCCUCAAUAAGCCCUCUAAUUCUAAAGCGCCUGAAGCAGGGCGAGCCUGGAGCGCAGGGACCGCCCGGCCCUCCCGGCCCCCCGGGGCCCCCAGGUCUGAAUGGCGCUGGAGGACCGCCGGGAAAACCUGGAGAACCUGGAAAACCUGGAAAGGACCCAAGGAUGCUAACAGGAAUGAAGGGGGAACCAGGAGUACCAGGACAAAAGGGUGAUCGUGGUGAGACAGGCCCAAGUGGACCUGAAGGCCCCAAGGGAUCCAAAGGGGAUCAAGGGCUGAAGGGUGAAGAGGGGAGUGUGGGGCUUCCAGGAGAGAAGGGUGAGCUAGGGAUGCCUGGAAUUCCUGGGAAACAUGGAUUGAAGGGAGAGGCUGGUUAUCCAGGUACUCCUGGGAGAAAGGGUCAAGCAGGUCUUUCUGGUAUUCCCGGGAAGCGAGGAUUUAAGGGUGAAAAGGGGGAGCCGAGCUCUUCAGGAGUUGCCAUAAAAGGAGAACCGGGAACACCAGGAUUUCCUGGACCCAAGGGUGACAAAGGUGAUCAAGGCAUUAAGGGUGAAGCAGGACCUGAAGGCCCAUCUGGACCAAGAGGUCCUCCAGGUCCGACAGGAGAACCAGGAAAAGCUUUAAUCAAUGAGAAUGACAUUCGUAAUGUGCCUUUAAUGGGCCCACCUGGUUUACCUGGCCCUCCUGGAUUGCCUGGCACCAAGGGUGAAGUUGGGCUUCCUGGACCUCCUGGUCUUGAUGGAGAAAAGGGUCCUCGGGGAAAAACAGGAGAGCCAGGACCCAUCGGCCCCGCAGGACCUGAGGGCCCACGAGGAGAAGGCGGAGUCAUGGGCUUCCCUGGGCCUAAAGGAGACAAAGGAGACAUGGGUCCCUCUGGAUCAGCUGGUUUAGAUGGCCCUACUGGCGAAAAAGGGGUUGCAGGGCCUCCUGGCCCCAUUGGAUUACCAGGCUCAAUGGGUCAGAAAGGUGAACCUGGAGAGAAAGGAGAGAAAGCAGACCUGGUCUAUGGACCUCCGGGACCUCCCGGCCCUGCAGGGCCAGUUGGGCCAAUGGGACCUCCAGGAUUGUCAGGGCCAAAGGGGGAUGCAGGAGUUGGUGUUAGAGGAGAGAAAGGGGCGUCUGGACAAAAAGGAGAAAAGGGAGACAGGGGCCAUCUGGGACUCCCUGGGGCUCAUGGUUUAGACGGCAAGCCUGGUCCAGUGGGUCUAAUAGGACCGGCUGGCAUACCUGGACCAGCAGGACCAAAAGGAGAAAUGGGAGAGAAAGGAGACAUGGGAGUAGCAGGACCAAUUGGGCCUCAAGGCAUCCCUGGUUUAGUAGGACCACCAGGACUAAAAGGAAAUCGGGGGGAAAGGGGCAAGAGAGGCAACAGGGGGGCCAAAGGGGAUAAGGGAGACCAAGGAGCCCCUGGAUUAGAUGCCCCCUGUCCAUUGGGUGAUGAUGGUCUACCAGUACCAGGGUGUUGGAAUAAAUGACGUUAACUCCGGAAUGCCUUGUUUGAUUGUAUAUAGAAUAUUUAUUUUUGUAUUGUUUUGCUUUGUUAUAUGAUGGAAAAAAAUACAGAAAAACGCAAAAAAAAUACUGACAGGACUUUUGUACAGAUUGUUUAUUUUUAAUACUGGUAAUAUUGUUUAAGUAAUGGAUUUUAUACUGUGCCUAUGCAUUAUGUCAAAAUGUUUUGUUUAAGGAGGAAGCAUACUGUGGCAGCAUAUGCAUGAUAUUUGUGCAUUAUGUUAACUGAUAUGUGCCUAUUAACUUAUUUUAUAAAGGUGUUUUGAUGAGUUGUAUCAGACCACGCUGCACUGAUCAGUGGAGCUGGAAUUAUGAAGUGGCCUUCCAUGAGGAAAACCCUAGUUUUUUUAGAUUAAAAUUGACACCAGCAGUUACAUAGAACUGAUAGAUGCAACACUGUAAUCUCUAAUGUUUACUGGAAGCUACAGGGGCUCGUUUAUAAAAAUGUGCUCACCAUAUGUUUCAUCAAACUAUAGAGAUUUCUCUAACGCUUUACUUGUCUGACUUACAGUGCAUAAAUUAUUGGUAUUUGUAGGCACAGCUUCAGUAAAUAUUUUAAUCUCUUUGAGAGGGUUUUCUGUAUAAAUCUUUGCAGUCCAAAGUUUAAGCAAGUUAACAAAUUAACAGAGCAGUUGUUGGGCAGCUUUAAAAAGAUUGUCUCUUUUUCUCUAUGCAAAAGCCUUAUGCAUUAUUUGUGCCUUGUUAGGACGUGCAUUACAUGGAGACAUAACUAAGCAAUUACGGUUCUGAAUCUUGCUUUAAGCAACUACUUCCUUUUUUUAUGCUCUUGAUCUUGUGUUAGAAUAGUACCAAAGCCAUGUUACACAUCUGACCAAUACUCAUGAAGUCUUCCUUUAAUUUAUAUCUUAUGUAUAUUGCUGCUCACUGACAAGCAAGCUGCUGCAUUUUGCUAUUACGCUCCUGUGCCCUAUUGUACCUCAUCCGGCCAGCGAAAAUGAAGAAAGAAGCCAAGCAAUACACGCAUUUUACUUAACGGACACGUUAUGCUUUUUCGUUCAUACAGUUCAGUAUGUUAGGGUCACGUGAGGAAGGCCCCUAGCUAACAGUUGUUUGUCUGUGUUCAUGUGUUCUGUUCAUGUGAUGAUAAUGUUUGUGUAACAAGUGUUAAAGAAGUGAUUUGUUUGAUAAAAUUGUUGUUUUGUGUUCGACUGCUGCUGCUUACCAUGAAAAGCUCUGUCUGAAUUCUUUUUUGCCUGUCAUUGAGAUGAACUUCAGUCUGGUAUAUAAUAUUCCGCUUCAGUAAACUUAUCAUCAGCCUGUAAUACCUCACACUAACAUGUGCUGUAAUGCUUCUAUCCUGCCAUAGUAGUCAUAAGAAGUGUCAAUGUCAGAAAAGCUAUCUACAUGAACAUCAAAAAGAAAAUAAAUUGUAGUCAAACUC